CUUUAUGAUACAUACUCAUCCUAAAAUUAAUAUUGACUGUUAAACUCAAAACUCUAAACAAUGUGUUCAUUCUAAAUCUUCACAUUCUUUAAGGGUAUUACAUAACAUAUUAAUCAAAGAAAAUGCCUUUCAUUUCAUAAAAUAAUAAGGAACAUCCUGUGAUUAUCGAUAAGAAAUACUUACUAUUAAACGUUAUCUAUUCUGGAAAAAGCUCCACAAUAUUUGAAGGUAUUUAUUUAGACAAAAAAGCCAUUUAUUUGGAAUCAUAAUCAGUAUGCGUUGUUAGAAUGACUCUUCUCUCCAAAAUGGAUAAUAGUACCAAAAUCCUAGAAUACUUUAAUAAUAUAAAUUAGAUAUAAAACCAUAAUAAAGAGGAUAGAAAGCAUGUUAAUAAUAAGUUAGUUUUAAAUUUUUAAGAUUGUCUUCUUAAAUUGCUUGAUCAUGGAAUCUUUAUGAAUUAGUAUAGAUACCAAGUACUUAAUAAAACAGGGCCUAGCAUAAAAUUUUGGUUUCAUUUUUUAAAAUACAAUUUCUCAUAUGAUUGUAUUAUACUGAUAAUUUUGAAAAGCGUAUUAAUUUAAUGAAUUUUAGAUAGAUGCUUUAUAAUUAAUACAUUCAGCAAACUUUUUACAUAUGAACCUUAAUUUGGCAAGUUUAUUAACAAGUUUAGAUAACUACAAAAACUUAAUACUUACUAAUUUUUAGUAAUCAAGCUAAUUUAAAAUUUAUUCAAAGGCAGGCUAAAUUUCAUAUUCUAUAAAUAAAUAUUCAAGUUUAGGUUAACAUCUUAGUUUAUGUAAAAUAUUGUUAUAUAAUAGAACUAUAUCCUAAAGAUGAUCUCGAGAGCCUUCUAUAUAUAGUAAUACAUUUAUUAACUAAUGGUGAAUAUUUUUAAUACUCAAAACAAUUUAAAAAUAAAGCCGAUAAACAUUAAUAUUAUUUUUCCUUAAAAAAUAGUUUUUUACCAGAAAAAAUACUUAAAAAUUAUCCGAUAUGUUUUUUAGAUUUCGCAAAUAGAAUUAAGUUUUUAAGUAAUAUAUAUACAUUAUAUUAGAUCCUUUUGAAACUAAUAUUAAUUAUGAAUCUUUGAGAGCAAUAUUUAAGGGAUACAAAAAUAUUGAAUAUGAUUGGGUAAUUGAAAGAAUUAAUUUUAGACAUCAAUAAUAACUGGAAUAAAAACUUAAUCUUAAUCUGAAUCUUUAUAGUAAUUUGAAGAUAAUUUUGCAAUUAAAUCUUUAGAAACAAUUUAAGAAUCUGUAAAUGAAUAACCUGUUUAUAUUCAUAAACAACUAGUCAAAACUCAAUAAUCAGUUGGAGAUUCUAGUGAUACCCAUCCAGAUACAUAAGAAUCUGAAGGGGAAUUAUCACCAACAGAAGAAAUAAUUGAAAAAAACAAAAUUUAUUUUUUUUGA